AGUGGUCCGAAUUGAUUUGAGUCUGACCUGCCUCUACCUCACAACUCCAACAUCAGCCAUAACUUCAAGAGGGUCCCUUUUCUGCCUCAACAUUCAGAGGAAUUCAUGUACCAAUACACUACAACACUUCCUCUGCCCUAAAACAAGUGAACAAUGAAAAAAAAAGACAAACUUUCUCACCAAUCUCAUUCUCACCCAACUACCCUCUUUCUAGUUCUUUCAGCCUUCUCCUCCACAUUAAUUGGAAUUGGGUUUUUCGCUAUAUUUCUUUCUGGGUAGUUCUUCUUCAUAGCAUUGGACUGUGUUGAUCUAUCACUGUUAUUGAAGCUAUGAACUCUCCAUUUCAUGCCCCUUCAUCAUCAGCAUCUUCUUCUUCUUCUUCUUCCUCCCAUGUGCUUCGUCCUCCUCCAUGCCUCACUCAUGCUUCUCGUAACCUCAAGUAUCCUCUGUUGUUGCCACAGACAGUCUGUACCUAUCAGAAGAAGUAUCGCUGCUUUGGAGCUCAUAUAGAGGCUUCUUUUAAUAUUAUUCCCUUGAAAAAUUACAAAUCCUUCAGAAGUUCUCCAUGGUGGUCUGAAGCACAAUCCCCGGUUUCCAACCAAUCACUCAACAAACAGUUGUUCUCAGUAGGAUCUUUAGCAACUUCUACGUCUCAAGAUGUUUCUGAUACAACUCGUAUUGGUGAUGAUAAGAUUGGAGUGUUACUGUUAAACCUUGGAGGUCCAGAGACUCUAGAAGAUGUGCAGCCUUUUUUGUUUAACCUUUUUUCCGACCCGGAUAUAAUACGAUUGCCAAGGAUAUUUAGUUUUCUUCAAAAGCCAUUGGCCCAAUUUGUAUCGGUUGUAAGGGCCCCAAAGAGCAAAGAAGGCUAUGCUUCCAUCGGUGGUGGCUCUCCUCUCAGACGUAUGACUGAUGCACAGGCUGAAGAUUUGAGAAAAUCUCUUUGGGAAAAGAAUGUCCCAGCUAAAGUAUAUGUUGGAAUGCGUUACUGGCAUCCUUUCACUGAAGAAGCUAUUGAGCAGAUUAAAAGGGAUGGAAUUACAAAGCUUGUUGUUCUUCCACUUUAUCCUCAAUUCUCAAUCUCAACCAGUGGAUCAAGCCUACGUCUGCUGGAGAAUAUAUUCCGAGAUGAUGAAUAUCUAGUCAACAUGCAGCACACGGUAAUACCAUCAUGGUAUCAGCGUGAAGGAUACAUAAAGGCCAUGGCAAAUUUAAUUGAAAAAGAGCUGAAGAGUUUUGACUGCCCUGAGGAGGUGAUGAUAUUCUUCAGUGCACAUGGGGUGCCUCUGGCCUAUGUGGAAGAGGCUGGUGAUCCAUACAAGGUUGAAAUGGAGGAAUGUGUGGAUUUGAUCAUGGAAGAACUUGAGACGAGAAAGAUAACUAAUGCCUACACCCUUGCUUAUCAGAGUAGAGUUGGACCAGUGGAAUGGUUAAGACCCUAUACAGAUGAGACCAUAAUUGAACUCGGAAAAAAGGGCGUGAAAAGUCUGCUGGCUGUCCCAAUUAGCUUCGUCAGUGAGCACAUUGAAACUCUAGAAGAAAUUGAUGUUGAAUACAGAGAAUUGGCUCUAGAAUCUGGUAUACAAAAUUGGGGGCGUGUUCCUGCUCUAGGAUGUGAACCUACUUUCAUUUCUGAUUUGGCAGAUGCUGUCAUUGAGAGUCUCCCAUAUGUUGGUGCCCUGGCAGCCUCAGACCUUGAAGCUCGACAGUCCCUUGUUCCACUGGGCAGUGUAGAAGAGUUAUUGGCAGCAUAUGAUACACAACGCAAGGAGUUGCCACCACCAGUUUUAGUGUGGGAGUGGGGUUGGACAAAAAGUGCUGAAACUUGGAAUGGAAGAGUAGCAAUGUUGGCUGUGCUUCUUCUUUUGUUUUUUGAAGUCACUACAGACAAGGGUUUGCUGCACCAAUUCGGAAUAUGGCCCUCGCUUAGAUGAUGAGCAGUUGAGGCAAUAACAAAUUCUUGUGUGAAGUGGGAACUCAUCGGAGAACACUAGCAGCUGUUAUGUUUGCCAAGUUCAACAGAAGAGAUUCUGUAAAAGGUGAUGAAA